AUGAUCUUGUCCUGGUUGAAUCUUUUGUCAGUCUCGUCGCCAGCUGCAAAGCCCAACAUGAUUGAGCCCGAAACUCCCUUUGGUAAGCAAUUCCGCGAAAAGUAUUUCCCCAAUUUAGAUAAGGAAGUCUACCCCGUAAACCACGGUUCAUACGGUCUAACACCCAAACCAGUUCAUGACAAGUACUUGCAAGCCAUUACCGAGAAUGCUGCCUACCCCGAUAAAUUCUUGAAAUAUGACCAAAAGCACGCUUAUGUGGCAGCGUUGAAGAUUCUUGGCCAAGUCUUGAACUGCGAUUACCACAAUUUGGCAAUUGUUGAUAAUGCGACAACCGGCGUCAAUACAUGCUUGAGAAGCUACCCUUUUAAGAAGGGGGACUCAAUUGUGAUUCAGAGUACUGUCUAUGGUGCGUGUGGUAACACGGUAAAGUUUUUAAAAGACAAUUUUGGUAUCGAGUUCCAUGUGGUGGACUUGGAAUACCCAGUUAGCGACAAGGACAUUUUGCAAGGGUUCGAAGACAAGUUCAAAAAAUUCAGGCCCGCUUUGUGCAUGUUUGACACCAUCUCCUCGAUGCCCGGAGUCAUCUUUCCCCACAAGCAGAUGGUCCAGUUGUGCAAGAAAUACAACGUCUUGUCCUUGAUUGAUGGUGCCCAUGGAAUUGGAUGUAUUCCGCAGAACUUGGACUUGCUCAAGCCAGAUUUUUACGUUAGCAACUUGCACAAGUGGUUCUACGUCCCAUUUGGUUGCGCGGUAUUGUAUGUUGAUCCCAAGCACCAUAGAAACAUCCACACUUUACCAAUCAGCCAUUCGUACCUAUCGGCUGAUGUAGAGUUGCCAGGAGAGCAACAAAAGAACAGAUUGAUUGACAGGUUUUUCUUUACUGGGACAAAGAACUUUGCCUCGAUUCAAGUUAUCCCUGAUGCGCACGAGUUUAGACAAACAAUCUGCGGCGGCGAGCGGACCAUCUACGACUACUGUCACAAUUUAGCUGUAGACGCAGGCAAUUUGGUGUCAAAGAAAUGGGGAACUCAAGUAUUGGAUAGCAAGGACUCGACAUUGAUCAGUACAAUGGUAACGGUGGAGGUUCCUACCAACGAGUUUCCCUCGGUGGUGGAAAAGUGGUCGCUGAUUGAUGACGCUGUCUACAGGAGAUGCAUGGGUCAAUACAAAGCUUACACUCCUUGCCUCGCUCACAAUGGCAAGUUGUGGGCUAGAUUCUCGGCGCAGGUUUACAAUGAGUUGAGUGAUUAUGAAGUCGCUUCUGAUGUUUUACUCAAAGUGUUGAAGGAAGUCAGUGCAGAACUAGGCUUGCUUGCAGGGAAACAGUAA